AUGCUGUUCAUUUUGGCUGCCCCUUUGCCUGUGGAUAGUAUAUGCAGCAAAGCAGGCAGCUACUUGCAAGAAUUUUUGCAAGCUCAAACCAAGGAGCCUGCCCCACCUCGUCCUCCUCCCAUGCAACAGUGGCGCCCUCCGAAUCUUCAUUGCUUAAAGAUAAAUUUCGAUGCCGCAGUGUUUUGUCGAUCAAGUUUGGUGGGCAUUGGUGUCGUUGUCCAUAACAAUGCAGGUGAAGUUGAAGGUGCUUUGUCCUCUUCCAUUCCCAUGGCCCAAUUAGUGGCGGAUCUAGAAGCCUUAGCAUGUUUGAAGGCUAUCCAGUUUGCUUUGGAACUGGGAAUCACUCGAGUGGUGUUUGAAGGUGAUUCAGCAGUUGUCAUUAACGCCCUUCUACACGGUGCGGGUGCGUUCGCUAGUUUCGGCAACAUUCUAGAUGAUAUAUGCAUGCUCUCUGCUGUUUUUCAAUUUGUAGACUCUAUUUUUGUUAACUGUCGUUGUAAUUCAGUAGCUGAUGCUCUAGCUAAAAAAGCUAAGCUAAUUGUUGGGGCUCAGGUUUGGCUACAUGAAGUGCCAGCAGACAUUGCCCCUUUAGCUCUUCAUGAUGUUCAUUGA